GUUUUUUAUUAUACCAAUUUUCCAUUCAUUCCAAAAUCUCCCCUCUUAAAAAAAAAAGGGAAAAUUUUUCAGUUCAGCCAUUGAUAAAUAUGAAUUUGAUUAGCUUCUGAAACAAAAAUUCAAAUUUUUUUGCUUACAUGCUGCGUAUUUAGGCAGCCAAACCAGAAAGAAGCUUAGCUAAGCCUUUUAAGUCUCUGUUCCUUUUCAUUCAUGGCUUGCCAAUUUUCAGCCACAUGGAGGACAUUGACAAAUGACUCUGCUUCCCAAGUUUCAUCCCACCUUAAUAUUAACCACUCCAUGUUCCAUUUCUUCUCUACCGUUCCCAUCUCACAGAGCAAACGACAACGUUUUAUCACGUUUUCCUUAGACCCUUCUUCAGAUUCACCUUCACCAUCCUCUUCUUCUUGUUCUACUUCUCAAUCAGCUAGUAUUAGACAAAUAAGAACCAAGAAUUCUCAUGAAUUUGAGAGAACCCAUUAUGGGAUUUUCGACAUUAACCAUGGUAGGGACUCCAAUACGUUUGAGAAAAAAGAAACCGAAGCUCAUAAACAGAAUUUUUCAUAUAUGGGUUUGAAACCACUUGCAAGAAAGAAACCCUUUUGGCGGAAGAUCUUGUUCGCAUCCAAUAAGUUUAGGAGUAUUAUAUUGCUCAAUGUCAUUACCGUUGUCUAUGCAAGUGAUAUUCCUGUUGUUAAAGGAGUUGAAGCUUAUAUGGACCCAGCAGCCUUCUCAGCUGUGCGAUUUGUCAUGUCGGCUAUCCCAUUUUUGCCAUUUGUAUUUCAGGCACGAGACGAUGUCAAGACCCGAAAUGCAGGGAUAGAAUUGGGGUUUUGGAUCAGUUUAGCUUACGUUAUUGAGGCAAUUGGAUUACUUACAUCUGAUGCUGGGCGUGCAUCGUUCAUUUCUCUGUUUACAGUUAUUGCAGUUCCAUUGUUUGAUGGUAUGUUAGGAGCAGUUAUACCUGCCCGUACCUGGUUUGGAGUUCUUAUGUCUGCCCUUGGGGUUGCCAUGCUGGAAUGCAGUGGAUCUCCUCCAAAUGUAUGCCAAUGGAUUUUGAAUCAGAAUAUAUUACUUGGUGAUCUUUUGAACUUUUUAAGUGCAAUAUUUUUUGGAAUUCACAUGCUUCGAACUGAACAUAUUUCACGAAGCACAAAGAAAGAAGACUUCUUGGCCCUUCUUGGUUAUGAGGUGUGUGUCGUUGCUGUGAUAUCCAUGAUGUGGCUUUUGAUUGGAGGCUGUUUUGAUGGUGAUAACAAUUUUAACCUAUCAACAUGGACUUGGACAGAGUUAUUGGAUUGGAUUGUUGCAUUUCCAUGGAUGCCUGCACUUUAUACUGGUCUAUUUUCAACUGGGUUUUGUUCAUUGAUUGAGAUUUCAGCCAUGCGUGAUGUUUCAGCGACAAAAACUGCCUUAAUUUAUGGUCUUGAGCCAGUUUGGGGUGCUGGAUUUGCUUGGUUUCUUCUUGGUGAAAGGUGGGGUACGCUUGGAUGGAUUGGGGCCACUUUUGUCCUUGGUGGAAGCCUAAUCGUGCAGAUGUUUGGUUCUUCACCUACCAAAAAAUCAAUAAAGGCUCAAGAGGUUAGUCAGAAAUGUGAUCUCCUAAUGGUUCCUCACAAGCAGAUGAUAGAAAAUGGUCUAUCUACUUCCCCAGUUGUUGUCAGAUCCGGAAAGGAUGUUAUAGAUAUCCUAAAGUAAUCGAUGUUAAAUAUUUUCACUUUUGGUCUUUGGGCUCUAGUCACAGAAGAAGAUCAUAAUGCAUCUUGCUCAGCAUGCCUAGCUCCCAAUACCCAAACGUAUUCCACAAAAUAGUAUAAAAUCCACGGCUGAAGAUCUUGGAACUCUCUCAACAAGCAGGACCAAGAACACCUCCCAAUACCCAAACGUAAGAUAUUGUCAAUGCAUUUGUCUUUUUGGGUAAUAUAUUAAAAUGAAGGUACACAAAAAAUAAAAUAGAGGUACAUGCAAUUCUAUAGUGUUUUUUUUUUUUUGGCUGAAAAUAUGUAAGUCUAUAGUUAUACCACAGUUUGAUUGUGUAUGUUUAAUCCUUUGGAGUUCCUAAGAAAUGAUUUUUUUGUUGUCGGCAGAGGAAAAUUGUUCUUUGCAGAUUAUAUAUACAAUGUUUACGAUUUGACAAAAGACUAAGAAAUUCAUGAAUUAA